ACGAGAACACCAACAGCUGGCAACAUUUGCUGCGGCAACAUUUGACGAGCAGCAGCUGGCAGCAUUUGUCGAAGCAACAUUUGAAUAGCAACGUUGCCACUACGACUGCAAUAGCAACAGGCAACAUUUGCUGCAGCAACAUUUGAGUAGCACUUUUGCGACUCGAUGUUGUUGCUUUUACUUGCUUUCAUUAUGAGAUACGUAGACAUUUCCAAAAUGCAACGGCGCCAACGCUGCACAUCGUGUGCCAGCGCUGGUAUUGAAUGCCCGCGCAGCCACAACAACAACAACAACUCAAAUACUGAUGCCAAUGGCAACACGCAGUGCUGGCAACAUGUGACUGGCACAAGCAACAGCAGCAGCACUAGUAGCGGCUGUGAUAGCAGCAGCUCCUCCAAGGAGAACUACUAUGCACCGCAGCAACAGCAACAGCAACAGCAACAGCAGCAGCAAAAAUAUUACAACAGCAAAGGCUUGACACAACAGCAAGUGCAGCAGCUACGCUACUAUCAAUGUAUGCAGCAGCAACAAUUGCAAUUGCUGCAACAGCAAUUGUUGCAGCGGCGUCGUUUGCAGCAGCAGCUACGUGAACAGGGUGUAAACGUAAGCAAAGCAACAACAACCAGCGCUGGACUCACCUGUAACCAGCAAUAUUUGAUGCAGCAAAGACAGCAGCAGCAACAAUAUGUUGCCAACUAUAACAACAACAACAACAACUGGAACAGGAACAACAACAAUGAACAGGACAAAAACUACAAUCUAAAUAACAACAAUUGUAUUGGCCCCAGUGUGGCUCAAGGUACACAUUUGCGACGUGGCAUGACAGACAUCUCAACAAUAAACGACAUCAACAAUAUCAGCAACAUCAAACGCCAUAUCGAACAUCCAUUCACUUCGCCACAAAGUUCACCCACAACUCACAAAUCAUAUGCCAAAACUAAUAUAAAUCAAACGCAAAUCACUUUGAAUUCACGCUUAACACAGCAGCAGCAGCAGCAGCAACAGCAGCAGCAAUCGUUGAGAGUCGGCGGUAAGCAACACAACAGCAACACGGCUGCAUUCAAUACAAGUUUGGCCAACGCCAGCGGCCCAGGCUCGGCUCCACAGUCCCCGCAGCAUUAUCGCAUCCCGUUGAAUAGUCCGAACAACUCGCUGUUCACGCUAGCCCAUGUGACGGCAGGUAAGCAGCGCUACAAGCAGCAGCAGCUGAACGACCGCCUGCUGCAGCAGCAACACUUGCAGUACUGCCAGCAGCAACAGCAGCAGCAGCAGUGCAACGAGGAACUGAGCGAUGAGAGCCUCAAGCAGAAUGUUGCCAUUGUCCUGAGCAACCUGGAUCGCUAUAACAGCGCGUUGCGCAGCAUCAUAUUGAAUGAGCAGGUGAACAACAUUAGCAGCAGCAGCGACAGCCUCUUUCUGCUCGACAACACUCUUGAGCUCGACAACAACAACUUCGUGAAGAGCAACGCAAUGGCGGCAACAAAUAUGGCAGCAGUUGUCACGCCCGAGUCCGAUUACAACAGCAAUGCAACAACGCCGGGAUCGCAGCAGCAGCAGCAGCAGCAACAGCAGCUUGGGGUAGGUGGAAUGCUUUGUGGUGGUGGUGGUAUUAGUGGUGUUGGUGGCGUCAGUGGCGUCGGUGGUGGCAACAAUCUCAACUGCUCGCUGGCUUCCUCGCAAGACUUUACUCACGACAAUUCCGAUUAUCAGUGGUUUCUCGACUACGGCUAUCGGGAUGGCUGCGGUGGCAUGCAGCGCAGCGUGCUCAGCUCGCUGUCGGCGUCUUACAAUGCAAUGGGCGACUUCAUAUACUAUGAGGAUCUGAAGAAUCUGGACGCCAAUCUGGCCGAGGUGGAUAUGGAAAGCUUUCGGGCAGAGGACAUACACUCGCUGCUCUCCCAGCUGCCCGCCUAUUGCAAGAGUUUGGGCGGCGCGAACAGUCGCCUGCAGCAAUCGCUGCUCUUCCAGCAGCAACACCAGCAACAGCAGCAGCAGCAACAACAGCAAUUGCAGCUGCAGCUGCAACACAGCAAUAUGAUGAGCAACAUGCAGCACAUGGCGCACAACAUGUCGCAGACAUCGACCACCUCUACGAACGAGCUAAUUGACAAUUCAUUUUGCAAAUCGGAGCUGCUCUUCUCGCCCGUCAAAGAGUCGCACAUAUCGGUGGACUCGCUCGACAUGGAUGCCUACCCGGACGAGGGCGACAUCAUAUUCACCUGCAACAAGGACAACUAUACAAUCGCUUUCGAGGGCAGCGUUCUCUACUCAGACGACAGUUUCUACGCGGAGCCCUGCGACAUUGCCGCCAGGAACAAACAAAACUGCAUCAAUCUGCACAGCAACCUGGACGAUAUUGUUAAGCGCAACAAGGCCCUGGAGGUAUCCAUGUCACGCUCGGCCCAAUCUUUUCAGCUGCCCAGCAAGUCGCCGAAGACACCGACUAAAGCUCAACUACAGCGACGCUCGCUUCUUCUUGUUUCGCCCGCACGCAGGUAUCCCUCGGGCAACAACAACAAUGGAGGAGGCGGCGGCGGAGGCUGCCUCGGAGAAACCAUCAUACUCACACGCCAUUUGCCGCAAUGCAGCGUACGCAAGAGCAACAGUCUACCAAAUUUACAUAUUGAGAUGAUGCUGAGCGAGGACCUGCAGCAGCAGCAGCAGCUGCAGCAGGAUAAACCGGAGUCAGAUCAUUCUGGGCCCUUGAAUGUCUCGCAGGCGAUAAGUACUUCAACAAUGGAAUCGUGCACAUCGCGCUCCAGAAAUUUGCUGCCCAUGUGCCAGAUGCCGAUCUCAAUCAGCGAGUCUAUAUCGGAGCGUCUGCAGCAGACGGACGAGCAGCUCAAUGAUGGCACGCCCACGCCGACGCCACAGCAUCAACAGCAGCAGCAGCAGCAUCAGCAUCAGCAUCAGCAUCAUCAUCAUUCGCACUCGCACUCGCAUCAGCAUCGCCACAAGCAUCGCUGCGGCUGCGCACUGUCCUCCACUCAAGGCAGUCAGAACUUUUGCUCUAAUGCUUCGCAUGGCUCUGGCUCUGGCUCUGGCUCUGGCUCUGGCUCCGGGUCUGGCUGCGGCUCCGCCUCGUCGGGCAACUCAAAUCCGGCCGCGUUCAAUCUAGUCAAGCUGUUCAUCAAGCAGAAGAGCAACAACAGCAGCAGCAGCAACAGCAACAGCUGCGCCCAGGAGGAGAACCAGGCCUGCGCGCUCACCUGCAUGGACGUCUCCUCGGGCUGCUGGCCGUCAAGCGACGCCGCCGUCUCCAGCUGCAGCAGUGGCUCGCUGGAGAAGCGGCUGCGCAAGAAGAGCAUGCACGACUCGGGCAAGGGCUCCGCUGUGAGUCGCCACGACGAGGAGGAGAACUACGAGGAUGCCGAGACAGCCGCCACGCCGAAGCGGCAGCUGCGCGCGCGCUGCGAGGCGCUGUUCUAUGACGACGGCGCCAGCUCCAGCUCGACGGGCUCGCUGACGGCCACCAAUUCGCCGGCACAUCGUCGCCGCAGCAUGCCCUUGCGCAAUCCGCAGCUCUAUCAGCUGGCGGCCAACUCGCAGACCCAAGCGCAGACCCAAACGCAGAUGCAGACGCAGACGCAGUGCAGCCAACAGUCGUCGGAGGCCAGCAACUCGGAGCAGUUGACCGAGGUGCCAAUGGCUGGGGCUAAGGCACGGCGUGGGUCCAGCAAUCGGCCCCUGUCGUGCGCCUCCAGCUCAGAGAUGAUCACGCGCUCCAUUCAGACAUCUUGCGGCUCGCUGAGCACAACGCACAGCAGCCUGAGCGAACGCUAUCGAUGCGUGCCGCCCUCGUUUCUGGCCAAGCUGCACAAUUUGGGCGAGCAGUGCGAGGCGCCCAUCUACGUGAUCUAUCCGAACUACGCGCUGCCCGAUCUGGGCUUCGUCAAGACCAGCAGCAGCAGCACCGACGUCAUCUUCACGCCCUUCAACUACAAGAUGACGCUGGAUAGCGCCGGCGUCGGUGCCACCUCGACGGGCUCCCUGAGAAAGCAGCGCAGCAGCCAAAGUGCGCAUGAAAAUGAGCUGUUCAAGACGCUGGAUUACAAGCACAUUUCGGAUUGGCAGUCGCUGGUGACGCUGCUGCCCGCGGAGUACCGGCGGCGCCUGCAACACAUUCCUGAGGUGCGUCAGAUUGCGAGUCAGUUGGACGCGGAGCUGUCGCAGCGUCCACUCUUCUGCAUGUCGCCGCCGAUACGGCGCAGUCGAGCGAGCAUUUGCGACUGCGCCAAGAACUUCCAGCAGACUCAGCUGGACGAGGCGUCCAGCUCGGGCUCUAGUCAGCCGCCCAGCUCGGGCUAUCGUGGCUCCUCGACGCUGCUCACCGAUUCGGAGGUGGACGCGGACCCGUUGAAGCAGAUGUAUGUCUACCAAUAUGAGCAGCAGCGCAUGGACUCGGGCGUGGAGACGAGUCCAGCCAGUCGGCCGCAGCCGAUGCCGCGCAGCAUCCUGCGCAAGGCGAACUCAGCGCAGAUGCGCACAAAACGCAAUUCCAUGAUUGAGGCCAAGCAGACGCAGCAGUUGUCGAAGCUGGAGAAGCGACGCAGCCUGCAGGAGCCGCCCUACAACUACGCUCUGGGCUCCACAGACGAACUAGCCGAGGUCUUCGAGGAGGAGGAGCACCAGCAGCAGCAGCAGUCAGUCAACCCAACGCAGCCAACCAAACAGCGACUUUCUCGCAAGGAUCUGGACGCGCGGGCUCGAGCUGAAAACUUUUUGGCCUCGUUGCCUCGCUCGGAGCUGAAGUAUUACGCGGAGAUAGCGGCGAUUCUAGAGUCUUCCGGCGAGCAGGUGCAGUACGAUGCGGCGGCACUGAAGAAGGAGGUGAGCCGAGUGCUCAGCCAGCAGAAGAAGGUCUCCUUCAACGAUGUGGCCAACUGUGAGGCUGAGCUGCAGCAGCUGCAGGCGAAGCGCUUUACGACGCCGCCGAAUUCGCCAAACAUUUCCAUAGCUGCGCUGCAGCGACGCGACACGCUCGACGUGCAGGAGCAGCGCAAGAUCGAGAGCAAUCGCUUCAAGCGUCUGCAGAUCCAGUGGGAGCUCAUGAGCAAGGACUCGAGCAUGCUCAAAGAGCUGGCCAGCGAGCAGGCCACCAAGAGCGGUGGCUCCACGCCUACCUCGACGAACUCAGCCAAUUCCAACUCAGCGCAAAAGUCGCGCAUACCGCGCCCAGUCAGCUACCCAGCGGGCAGAAGUCCGAAGCCAAGUGCCACAACGCCGGCUGUCAGUAAAAGUAACAGAAAUUCGCCAGCUAAUGUUAUCUCUCCACAAAUCUGCAGAGUCAGCGGCGUGCACGAUGCGGCCAGCAGUGGCAAGUGCAGCACCCGAUCUCCCAGUCGCAUUGUGCAGCCGAAGCGCUACAGCCUGGCCACCACGCCCACUUCAUCAGCCACGCCGACGGCUGGACGUGCGCGCACACCCACAGCCACACGCGCAGCCGCACCCGCAGUCACGGCUCCAAAUACACCCAAGCGUCAAAGUGCUGCAGCAACGUCCAGACCCACAUCGCGAGUGCGUUAACAACGGCAGCGCUGAAUGGAAGAGAAGCGACCUUACUGGACGAGGGCGAGAAAGGCGUUUAACAAUAUCCAAAACCAACUCAAACAUAUUGAAACAAAAACAAGAAAACAACAAUGAAACAUUGUAUAAAAUAUAUAUAGAUUAAGGCUUUGCGCGGCUCGUUUGCUUAGACAACUGGCCACAGAAGUGCGCCUGGGUAAAGUGAUACCAGAACGGAGAGAGAGCGAGAGAGAGAGAGAGAGAGAGAGUUUUAGAUCAAAGUAAGAUCUGAUCAGGCGCACAGCGGUCAGCAAGUGCUAAAGUAUUUUUUGAUUGAUUUUUAAGUUCAAGUGCAAGCAAUAGCGGAGGUAGCUAAAUUUCUUUCGUUUACCUUUUUGACAAUUAUACAAGACAUAAAUGCCAAUAUGCAAAUAUUUUGAUGUAUAUAUACACACACACACACACAGCCACACACACUCACACGCAAACUUAAAAGUUAUUUCCAUUUAGCUAAUCAAAAAGAAAAGAUAAACAUAUUUAUGACACACAAAUUUAUACCUAUGAUAUAUAUAUAUAAAGAUGUACGUUAUGCUGAUUAUAUGAGUACAUUCGGGGACAUGGAACGUUUGAUAAGCGUGAGACGAGUAAGAGAUAGUGGAAUAUGCGUAAUGCUCAAAACUAUGAUUGAGGCAGGAACAUUCAUUAUGCCUACAAGCAAAUAAUAUUAUUACACAGGCCAACAAAAUUGAAGGAAAUUUCAUAAUCAAGCAGCAGGCAAUACUUUCCAGAAGGUCUUUGACUGGCUGUCCACGAAACUAGGGCUUAUGAGGACGAAGAUGCAAAGCAUUCAAGCUGCUAUAAAUAUGGUAACUUCUCAGCUGCGACUAGUUACUGAAAUGUUUUAAAGUCUUUCUAUAUCACUGAAAUAUCAUCUAUUGAAUUUACUAACCAACUGAAACCCACAUCACCUUCUUCCUGCGCUCACUACCAUCAAGUCUUCUUCAGCAGCUGAUAACUUCUUGACAUAUAAAGAUUUUCGAACAUUUCAAAAAGGUUUUUUUGAGCAGAGAAAUAGUAGUAAGAGAAAGCCAAGGCUUGAAAUUGUACAACUUUGAUAUUGAUUUGAGAAGAUAUUUUGAUAUCUGAGAAGAUAUUUCUGGCCCAGUUUAAGUGACGAUUGCAGCAAGUGAAAAACUUUGUGGAAGCUAAAGUUUGACUCGUGUAUUGAGAUAUCAAAUGCAUAUUAUUUGGCCUUUUACAAAACUGAGUAAAUCAAUUUUUACAUUGCCUUCAAUAUAUUUAGCGAAAAACACAGAGAGAGAGACAGAGAAAGCGCUUAGCAAAUUUGUAGUUUUGACAAUGAUUUUGGGAAUUUUAUUUUUGCUUUUACUUGAGUUUUUUUGAACUGCUUUUUGCUUUGCCUAAGCCUAAGUUCAAGUGAUUUCAGAUCGUACGAUUUAAUAUUGUACUAUAUAGACGCCUACAUUAAUUACUCCUACUAUGAUUUGUACUUCAAUCUAAAAUCAGAAGCAGAAGAAGAAGAGGAGAAACUAGCUAUUCUUAAUUACUGGAAGACAUAACUUAUAGUUUAAGCCUUAAACUUAACCGACUUUUGUAUCCUUAAUUGUAUAGACAUUUUUAUUGUAUAUCAUAUUUACAAGCGGAAGAAAACAUGUAUUUGUGGGUGAACUGUAUCAUGGAGAAGGAUAUGCGGGAGAAUUAAUUAUAUAUAUAAAUAUAUAUAAACAAAUAUAUAUUAUAAAUAAUGCAAAAAAGA